AUGAAGUUUCUCAUCUUUGCCACUCUUCUUCCAUUGGUGCUGGCUUGUACCAAUCCAAACUCAGAUGCUUGUGCCUCUGCAGUCAGUGUGUUAGGGCAGGCCUUCUGUGCUACAUAUACCACAAAAGUCAACACAGCCACGACAUCGCUGCCAGCAUGGGCAAGCGCCUGCUCGAAUAAGCCCACCAAGAUCUCCAGUGUGUGUACUUGCUUCGCGACGGCAACUGCACCGGCAACCGCAACUCCAACGACAUUAAAAACUAGUACGACGGCAACAAAGGUCACAACGACGACAUCAGCCCCUGGUGGUGGUGGUGGAACUGCUUGCACUGUGACCGCUUAUGCUUCAAUCUCCGCUGCCGUUGCAUCAUGCUCAAACAUUGUUUUAUCCGGAAUUUCUGCUCCCGCCUCUAGCUCAAUUGAUUUAUCAAAGUUGAAGACUGGUGCGGCAGUUACCUUCUCUGGCACAACUACCUUUGGGAAAACGUCAAGCAAUGACUUCAACCCCAUCGUUAUUUCUGGUACCGAUAUUACCAUCACGGGAUCAGCUGGCCAUGUUAUUGAUGGAAACGGCCUGGCGUACUGGGAUGGUCAGGGUUCAAAUGGAGGUGUCGCAAAGCCAGACCAUUUUAUUGUCGCAAAAAACUUGAAGAACGCAGUAUUUUCUAACUUAAACAUUAAAAACUGGCCAGUCCACUGCUUUGAUAUCACCGGUGGAGACACUAUUACGCUAAGCAACAUUCAUCUUGAUAACACGGCGGGAAAUGCUGCAAAUUCUGCAAGUGGCGGCCUUCCUGCCGCUCACAACUCGGAUGGAUUCGAUAUUUCGGGAACAUCUAAUCUCAUCUUGGAGAAUUCGUAUGUUAAUAACCAAGAUGACUGUGUAGCUGUCACCAGUGGAACCAACAUCCUUGUGUCGGGAAUGACCUGCAUUGGUGGUCACGGACUGAGUAUUGGGUCCAUCGGAGGGAAGAGCAACAAUGUAGUAGAUGGAGUGACGUUCCAAGAUUCGACCAUUUCUAAUAGUCAGAAUGGAUGUCGAAUCAAGUCUAACUCUGGCACGACUGGAGCUGUCAACAACGUCACAUAUAGCAACAUUAUACUGUCGGGGAUUACCUCAUAUGGUAUUGAUGUGCAGCAGGAUUAUUUGAACGGUGGGCCGACGGGUGACCCAACAAACGGUGUCACUAUUUCCAACAUAAAAUUCAUCAACGUGAAAGGCACCGUGAGUUCGAGUGCGUAUAAUUAUUAUAUCCUCUGUGGCUCUGGAAGUUGCUCUGGCUUUACUUUUACUAGUGACAGCAUUACUGGUGGUAAGACGAGUUGCAACUAUCCUUCAUCUGGAUGCCCUAGUUAG